UUGAGUGUGGGUAAACGGCAACGUUUUGUCGUCGGAAUGAAGAAUCAUCAUCUCUCUUUGGUUCCUAGCAAAACCUAAAAAAGGGGAGCCAACUGCCAUUUUCUCCGUUCAAAAAAAUGCGGCGGCACAAGCGAUGGCCCUUGAGACCCCUCGCCAGUGCUUUGAUUCGUUCACGCUUCUCUUCGACGGCGGAGAUAGCCACUACUCCGACGACGACGGAGGCUUUCCCGUUGAAGCACGUGACGAGAUCGAACUUCGAGACGACGCUUAAUGAUCUGCGUACGCAUGUAAAGGCAGCUGAUUUCGUGGCGAUAGACCUCGAGAUGACUGGCGUGACGAGUGCUCCGUGGAGAGACUCGUUGGAGUUCGACCGCUACGACGUCAGAUACCUCAAAGUGAAAGACUCAGCCGAGAAAUUCGCAGUCGUUCAGUUCGGCGUCUGUCCCUUCCGAUGGGAUUCUCUCACUCACUCAUUCCUCUCUCACCCGCACAACUUCUUUGUGUUUCCUCGUCAAGAGCUCGCCUUUGAUCAUCAUGAGUUUCUCUGCCAGACCACAUCCAUUGACUUCCUUGCUAAGUAUCAAUUUGAUUUCAACACCUGCAUCCAUGAAGGAAUCUCUUAUUUGUCCAGACGACAAGAGGAAGAUGCAAGUAAGCGUUUUGAAAUGCUAUAUCACGAGGAAGGCAUGGUGGAAGCAGAGGAUUUCAAGUUGGUGCGAUUGGCUGAUGUUCUUUUUGCUCAAAGGAUGAAGACCAAGCUGAAUGAAUGGCGGUCUGAUCUCUUACAUGGUGGGAAGGCAUCUUCUGAGUCUCCGGGGAGCUCAACUCAGAGUACUGAAACUGUGUUCUAUCACAUGCGUCCGGCUCUUAGUCUCAAGGGUUUCACUUCUCAUCAGCUCAGAGUUAUUAAAUUGGUUUUAGGAAAGCAUUUUAGAGAUCUUGUCUACAUACAUGCGAAUGAUAAAAGUUCUUCUUGUUCACAAGACUUUGUUGUGUUCACUGAUUCAGAAUCCGACAAGGCAAAUCUCUUGAAGGAGGCAAAGGAUGAACGCAAGAGAGUGGCGGAAAGAAAGAUACAAUCUGCAAUAGGGUUCCGUCACGUGAUUGAUCUGCUUUCAUCAGAGAAGAAGUUGAUUGUUGGUCACAAUUCUAUCCUGGAUAUUGCACAUGUAUACAGCAAAUUUGUGGGACCUCUUCCUUCCACAGCUGAGGAAUUCGUGGCCUCCAUUAGGGACCACUUUCCUCACAUUGUUGACACCAAAAUACUCGUAAACGUGAAUCCAAUGUUGCAUCAGAGGAUGAAGAAGUCCAGUACAUCACUAUCCUCUGCCUUCUCCUCGUUAUGUCCACAAGUCGAGCUUCCUUCUCGAGGCUCUGACUUGUUUCUUCAGCAGCGUGUCAAGAUUGACGUCCAAGUAGAUAACGUUAGAUGUUCUAAGUGGAAUGCAGGAGGCAAACACGAAGCUGGUUAUGAUGCUUUCAUGACAGGUUGCAUCUUCGCACAGGCGUGUAGUCAUCUAGGCUUCGACUUCAACCAUCCAUCAGUGAACUUUGCGCAGAACGAGAAACUUGAAAAGUACAUUAACCGUCUUUAUCUAAGCUGGGCAAGAGGAGAUAUCAUCGACCUUCGAGCAAGCCACAGUAAUGCCGAGAACUGGCGAGUCUCAAAGUUUAAAUACGAGAAGAUAGUCCUCAUCUGGAACUUCCCACGAAAACUCAAGGCUAGAGAGAUCAAAGAAUGCAUCUGCAAAGCCUUUGGUUCGACUUCCGUCACUUCUGUCUACCACUUGGACGACACUGCUGUUUUCGUCUUGUUCAAGAACUCAGAACUCGUUUCAGAGUUCCUAAAGCUUAAGGAGCAGCUGGAGUCAGACGAUGGUCCUGUCACGGUCAUUCACCCUCUCUCCAAGAUCCUUGAAGGAGGGAAGACUGGCGCUGCAGACUACGAAGCCUACAAAGAGAUUUGCAGCUCACAUAUCUCAAAGGUCCUAUUCUCUGACCAAGCUGAAACAGUUGGGGUCAAAUCAAGAACAAGACCCGACCCAAAAGGGGAGACAAGCCCUGAGACUGAGAGAAGAGAGAAGGCUGAUAAAGCAUCGGAUUUGAUCGAUGCUUUUUUGGCAAAUAGUGUUAAAGUCGAAGCUGCUGGGAUUAACUAACCACAUUCCAUUUCUUAUCAAAGGCAGCGUGUCUUUUUUUUAAUAGAAAUUUUGUCAACUCAACAUGAAAGUCAUAUAUAUAGUUUGAUUCCAAAUGUUUGUUUUA